CAACCCCUCCAGUGCAGCUGCAGCAUCCAUCAUCAACCUCCAACCUGACCCAGCCUCCUCUCUGACCAGCACGGCCAGGUGACGUUCACGGACUGCAGGGAUUUCUAAUACCAGCGGGGCAGCAAAUUGGAUAUAUAAGUAAUUUUACUUUUCCUGGGAGCCACAAGGACACUGGAGCCCAAAUUAGGGGCACUUUAGAGGUGUGGAUGAAUGAAACACUCGCUAAAGUGGAAUAUUGAUGAUGCUUGUUGUAUAAUAAGAUCUCCUGCAGCCUUCAUCACAGUGGAGCAUGGAACAUAGAUGUAAUCAGAGUUCUCUGUGAGAAAAGAUCUAUUAUCAGGCCAUCCAUAUAAUCCACAGGAGACGCUUUGAUCACCUGACAUCAUGAUGGUAAGAGCCACCAUUGCUUGGUGUCUCAGGACUACUGUGGUCUAAAAGACAUUUUGGUUCCACUGUGGGAACCAACCGAACACCUGGAGCGUGGUGGUCUGGCAGCACCAUGGACUACCACGCCGAGUGCUGCUUCUGUGAUCCAGAGGAGGGCCACAGCGGCCCGGAUGAGCCGCCACUCCACAGUAUCCAUGCACCCAACCGGAUCCGCCCGUCCUCGUACCGAGCCCUGAGGAGUGCUGUGUCAAGUCUGGCCCGCAUCGAUGACUUCUUCUGUGAGAAGAUAGGUUCAGGCUUCUUCUCUGAGGUCUUCAAGGUGCAGCAUCGGAUCACAGGGCAGGUGAUGGCACUGAAAAUGAACACUCUGGCUAGCAACAAAGCUAACAUGCUACGAGAAGUGCAGCUCAUGAACAGGCUUUGCCACCCCAACAUACUCAGGUUUCUUGGGGUCUGUGUGCAUGAAGGUCAACUCCACGCCCUGACUGAGUACAUCAAUGGAGGAAACCUGGAGCAGCUGUUGGACAGUGACCUGUACCUGUCUUGGUGCGUCAGAAUUGGUCUGUCUCUGGAUAUCGCCAGAGGGCUGCAGUACCUGCACAACAAGGGUAUAUUCCACAGAGACCUCACCUCCAAGAACUGUCUGGUGCGCUGUGAUAAUGGCAUGUUCACCGCUGUGGUGGGAGACUUUGGCCUGGCAGAGAAGAUUCCUGAUUACAGUGAUGGUGCAGGGAAGCAGCCUCUGGCCAUCGUGGGCUCCCCCUACUGGAUGGCCCCUGAAGUUCUGAGAGGAGAGCUGUACAAUGAGAAGGUGGAUGUGUUUGCAUACGGCAUCAUCCUGUGUGAGAUCAUUGCUCGGAUUGAGGCUGAUCCUGACUUCUUACCCAGGACAGAGGACUUUGGUCUGGACGUGGCAGCAUUUGAGAGCAUGGUUGGUGAUUGUCCAGCUGCGUUAUUUAGCCUCGCUGUCACCUGCUGUAAUAUGAGUGCAGAGAGGCGUCCCUCAUUCUCUGACAUUGUCUUCACAUUGGAGGACAUGGAGCGAGAAGAAGAUAGGGAGAAGCCCAUUGCACUUGAACCGGUGGCGGUGGAGGUCAGUCCAUACCGCCGCCUCAGUUCUCCUUGCCAACCCGCUGACCGCAGCCAGCAACGGCAAGGCCUGGCAAGGAGCCAGUCAGACAUGUUGCCCCCGGCGACCCCGACCCCUCCUCUCCUUGGGACCCCUGCGAGGGUCAACCCAUUCUCUCUCAGACAGGAUCUGAAUGGGGGGCGGUGUAAACUCUUAGACACACCUAGCAAGUCUGUCAUCUCCCUGACCUUCACCCUCCCAGCACUCCGAGACCCCUGUUCCUCCCCCCACCUGCUCAGAGGGAUAGCAGGAACAAGAACACUGCCAAGGAGAUGCCAGUCACUGCCCUGUACUCCAGAGCUCAGCAGGACUGUCACCUCGCCAAAAGACACGGAGGAGAAGGAGGAAGAAGUCAUUAAAAGAGGGAUUGGGGAGGAUGUGAAGAAAGACAUUCAAGAGAAGACAGGGCUGUCAGUUGAAAGGUCACAGAUGGAGCAGAUGGAGAUAACAGACAAGAGAGAGUUGUUAGAGGAGGGGGGUGGAGUGGGAGAGGAUUCAGGUCUUCCUGUCGUACUGGAGAUGGUUUCUCUGGAGCGAUUAGAGGAGGAGGAAGAGGAGGGUGAUGUGUGUCUAACAGAACCCAUGGACUGUACCAAGUCUCCUGAGCCAGCUGAGGGGGUCAACUCAGCUGGAAGACCCCUGCUCACUUCCACUUCUUCUACCUCCUUACAGACCAAUGGCUGGCGACUCCCCAUCUCCAACCCCCUGCCCUCCUUGCCUGCUCUGCCACGACUGGAUAACAACAACAGCUCAGGCCUUGUCAUUGGCCAGCAGGUGCAGUGGGGCCGAGGAGGGCGGGCUAACGGUUACAGUGUAACACAGGUCCAGCCCUCUGACCCAAGCGACCCGUCUGAGCAGGAUGAGGUCAUUUCCUGUCCUGGCUGCUGUCUGGUGGGUCUGAGUUUUCCCUCAGUGUGCCUCCGUGGUUCAGCUGCUGUUCCCGCCCCACGCAGAAGGGCCUCGUUACCACGGCAGCGACCCUACCGAAACCUCAACGGUACCAUAACUGGUGGCAGCGCUUCCUUAUCAACAACAGGCGCCACGGCAACCAAAGCUCUUUUGUGUCGUAGCACAAACGGACUAGUGAUGGGUGGGCCCUCAGUGCCAUGUGAGCCAGGCCGCUCUCUGCCAGAGGCCCAGACUUAAAAACACAAAUGAUUGAACUUGUGACAAACUUAGCAGCACUACAUGUUGCUAUGGUAAAACUGAGACUCCCGUACCGACCCCAGAAUCUGAGAUGUGUGGUUAUUCUGUGCAGUAGUCGCUAACCAGAGUGCUACCUGGUGGUCCACUGGAUUAAAUACAACAAGUCACUGUGACAGUGAAGAAGGUGGAGGUGUAAUAUGACGGGUGGCUAAGACAAAGGAGCACAGCUGAACACGGAGCACUACUGCUGCUGCAGCCCCCUGUUUACUGAAGCACACACACUGCAAAAAAGGUGUCUAAAAACAAGAUAAAAACACUAAGUCUGAGGGAAAUGAUCUUGCUACAUGGACAGAUAAUUUCACUUGACAAGAUUUCUUAAAUUAAGAUUAUAAAAUCUAGAAAUAAGCAUGUUUAACACUUAAAAUAAGAAAUCAACUCUUAAAACAAGAUAAAUUAUCUAACACUUCUAAAUUUCUAACAUUAUCUAACACUUCUAAAGUUUUUGUUCAUCGCUGCUUGCAGCUUUAAUUUAUCUUGUUUUUAGAGUUAAAUUCUUAUUUUAAGCGUUCAACAUGCUUAUUUCUAGAUUAAUAAUCUUAAUUUAAGAAGUCUUGUCAAGUGAAAUUAUCUGUCCAUGCAGCAAGAUCAUUUCCCUCAGAGUUAGUGUUUUUAUCUUGUUUUUAGACACACCUUUUUUGCAGUGCAGUGGACUCACAGUGAAGUCAUCUGUGCUGGCUUAAAGUAUACUGCUGUUUAUAUGUACUGGGUCUUAUUUUUGCAGUUGUGGCCAUCAUUUCUAUCAGUAAUAAUAACAUGGUGCUGAUGAGGCAAGUCUGAUCUGUGAUGGAUGUUUCCAGUGGACACAGAAUAAAGACAUGCUUGGACUGCUGAUGUUUGUUGCUCAGAUUUCAUUGAUUGUAGUGAUGUUACUGUGUUACAAGUUAUCAGCAAUUACGAUAGUUAGUGUA